AUGAGCCCGCCCAACUGCUCUUUUGCGGAGGUGAACACGCUGGUGGGCAUCCUGCAGAUGGCGGUGCACAUCCCCACUUUCAUCCUGGGCCUGGUCCUCAACCUGCUGGCCAUCCGGGGCUUCAGCACCUUCCUGAAGCGGAGAUGGCUGGAGUACGCGUCCACCUCCAUCUACAUGAUCAACCUGGCCGUCUUUGACCUGCUGCUCGUGCUCUCCCUGCCCUUCAAGAUGCUGCUGUCCCGAGACACAAUUUCCCUGCCCUCCCUCUGCACCAUGGCCGAGAGCUUCUACUUCAUCAGCAUGUACGGGAGCGUCUUCACCAUCUCCUUCAUCAGUCUGGAUCGCUACUUGGCCAUGCAGUACCCAUUCCUGGUCAGCUCCCUCCGCUCCCCCAGGAAGAUCCUCAUGACCUGUGGGGUCAUUUGGCUGCUGGUAUGGGCGGGGAGUAUCCCUGUCUACAGCUUCCAUGGGAAGAUGGAAGGGUUCAAGUGCUUCAACAACUUGUCUGACAGCACCUGGAGCGCCGACAUCGUCUUCCCCCUGGAGGUGUUUGGCUUCCUCCUGCCCCUGGGCAUCAUUGGUUUCUGUUCUUCCAAGAGCAUCCACAUUCUCCUUGGCCGCCAGGGCCACACCCAGGACUGGGUCCAGCAGAGAGCCUGUAUCUGCACCAUCGCAGUCAGUCUGGCCGUCUUUGUCAUCUCCUUCCUGCCGGUGCACUUGGGGAUCUUCCUGCAGUUCCUGGUGAGAAACGGUUUCAUCCUGGAGUGCAGAGCCAAGCAGAACAUCAGCCUGUUCUUGAAACUGUCCCUGUGUUUGUCCAACUUCAACUGUUGCCUGGACGUUUUCUGCUACUACUUUGUCAUCAAAGAGUUCCGCGUGGGUAUCGUAGCCCACCGACCUUCCCGGUCCCAGGACACCACGGUCACCAGGGCCUGA